AGGGAACAACCAAACCAAACUAAACUAAAACUAAACCAUCUUUGAGUCUUUCUCCUGAUCUCUACAAUGGCUCGAUCUUUCUCUCCUUCACUUUCUCUCUCUCGGUUCCGUUUCGCCGCAGCUUCUCUUCUCCCUUCAUCUCAGACCUUCUUCGUCCGAUCUCAAUCUUCGAAUCGUCGGUCUAACCGCAUCGUUGAGCUCUACGAGAUCGACACCGCCGCAUCGCAGUCGCAAUCGGAUCCUCUUCUCCAUAAAUUGGAAGAUGCUGUCCACCGGAUAAUGGUUCGCCGAUCCGCACCGGAUUGGCUCCCUUUUGUUCCCGGUGCUUCGUAUUGGGUUCCACCUCCUCGAUCUCAGACUCAUGGGAUCGCUAAGCUCGUCGAGAAGCUGGCCAAUCCUAUCUCUGAUGAAGAAUCUAUUUCAAUCUCAUCGGUUCGAGGAUGGCCUUCCUCUGAUUACUUCAUCAAAGGUGUAGUAGAGCCUCAAUCAAUGGAGACGGAGACGGCUUCAAAAACUGCAUCUCACUCUGAGGACGAGGAAGGGUAGACCCCAAUACCCGUCAAACCAGUCUUUGGGGUAAGUCAUGAAACAAAUAUCAAAGCCCUGCGGGCUCUUCAAGAUUUGUAGAUUUUAAGAAUAGCAAUCAAUGAAGAUUCGAAUCACCAAGAGCAGCUGCAAAGACGUGACAUGGUUUAGACUCUUAGUUAGGGUAGAGUAAGCAAACUUUUUACAGAACAUCCUAUCCAGUUCUGAAAUGUGAAUUCAAAUAAGAAAAGGUCCUGUUGCUUAUCCCUGUGUUUUCAUGUAAUCUUCCUUAAUAACAGUUUGUCACUUUGUUGAAUCACUUGUAUAUAUAUAUUCGCAUUA